UUAGGAAAUAGGAUAGAGGUUAUGUGGCGCUGUUGUUCGCAUACGGUGUUUCGGUAAGUCGGUUUUGUCCGGUUAAACAGCCGAUGCGAGUUUUCUAACAGCCGUUAAGGGAUACAUAUUCUAUGUAUACGCAUAUAUAUCGUUUAAGAAUACACGAUUUCUUUUUAAAAUUGAUUGAAUGAAAAAGUAAAAGGUUUCACGUGUUUCGUGCAACGAUUUUCUUGUUGCUUGCAAGAACUUAUAUUUUAUAACCUAUAAGUCAUAAUACGGAUUAUAGAAAAAUUGUCGAGAGUCCGUUAAUUACGAAGAAAUAGUGUAAUUUAUAAAUAAAAAGGCAUGAUGGUUUAUGUGACCGAGUGUGACGAUAAAUCUUGAAUGAUUUGGUUAGUUUGCGUUCUUCACGGACACAUAUUUUCGACGAUACGAAAGUAUUAAAUCGUGCACGUUUUACGUUAAAGAAUGAAUUACAAAAAAGAGAAAUAAUACGGAGGUAUAUCGUAAGGGAAGAUUGAAAUGAGCUCUCAACAAAGUCCGGCAGCAUUGCAGUCGACCGUGGAUCGAGAAAAAGUUUAUACAUGGAUCAUUGAAUUAUCCAAUCCUGAAACUAGAGAAAAUGCUCUUUUGGAACUCAGCAAAAAGCGUGAGGUAGUGCCUGACUUAGCUCCAAUGUUAUGGCACUCUUUUGGUACAACAGCGUCUCUCUUGCAAGAGAUUAUAAAUAUUUAUCCUGCUAUUAAUCCUGCAACUCUUACCGCAUAUCAGAGCAAUCGUGUGUGUAAUGCUCUUGCGUUGUUACAAUGCGUUGCAAGUCAUCCAGAUACCAGAUCGGCCUUUCUUCAAGCACACGUACCGUUGUUCCUGUAUCCAUUUUUGCAUACCGUAAGCAAAACAAGACCGUUCGAGUAUUUGAGAUUAACGAGCUUGGGAGUUAUAGGUGCAUUGGUCAAAACGGACGAACAGGAAGUUAUAACAUUUUUAUUGACUACUGAAAUUAUUCCGCUUUGUUUGAGAAUUAUGGAGAGUGGUUCAGAAUUGAGUAAAACUGUAGCCACUUUCAUUCUUCAGAAAAUUUUGUUGGAUGACAGCGGUCUUUCUUACAUAUGUCAGACUUAUGAUAGGUUUAGUCAUGUUGCGAUGAUAUUAGGAAAAAUGGUUUUGUCCUUGGCUAAAGAUCCUUCUGCAAGAUUAUUAAAGCAUGUCGUUAGAUGUUAUUUAAGACUCUCUGAUAAUCCAAGAGCCUUAUUGGCACUGAGACAAUGUUUACCAGAUCAAUUAAGAGACAAUACCUUUGCGACUUGUUUACAAGAGGAUGCAUCUACCAAACACUGGUUAAAUCAACUUCUUAAGAAUUUAGAAACCGGUCCUCAACCGGGACCUCCUACUCAACCGGGUCAACAAGAUCCUAGAUCUAUUGGAAUGUCACCACUUACUUCUUAGAUCUUAAACUUUUACUACUAAUACAAUAAUUCGUAUUUUUCUAAAAAAAAGUCAAUCGUAUUAUGGUAUUAAAGGCUUUCUCGUUUUUAAACAAAAUUGAUUACUCUAUCAUACGAGAAAGGUAAAAUUACCUUCUUCUAAUUGAUCUUACAAUUACGUUUAUGUUAUUAUUUUUCUUUUUUUGUUUUGCAAAAUGAUUAUUUCUAUAUGUUAGCCGAUUAUUUCACAGCGAUUGUAGAGAUUAUAGAAACCUAUCAUAUCAAGGUAAAAGAAAAAAAGAAAAAAAGAAAAAAAAAAAUAAUUUUUUUGAAUUUCUCCAGUCAUCGUAUGCAAUAAUGUAAAUGCGUAUAAUUAUUAUACGUAUCCAAUGUAUAUGUGUGUAUGUAGCGUAUAAAAAUUAUCUACUCGCGGGAGAUAUAAAAUUGCUUGUGAUCAAGUUCUGCGGAUGUUGUAUAGCAAUUGUAUUUUUAACUUCUUCUAUAAUAUAAGAAAGCUCAAUCAUCGAAACUUAACUGUAUAUUUUCAAAUAAAGUAUGUACAGUAUGUGAGAA